AUAGGAGACCGGCCGGGGCGGGGGUAGCACCUCUUCCCUCCUCCUCCCCUCCUCUCGUUAGUUCCGGUCGCAGAGGAGACACCGCCGCAGUUGCCGCCACCUCUGGGAUUUCUGGCUCUUUUCUCUUCGCCUUAAAUUCGGGUGUCUUUUAUGAAUAAUCAAAAGCAGCAAAAGCCAACGCUAUCAGGCCAGCGUUUUAAAACCAGAAAAAGAGAUGAAAAAGAGAGGUUUGACCCUACUCAGUUUCAAGACUGCAUUAUUCAAGGCUUAACUGAAACUGGUACUGAUUUGGAAGCAGUAGCAAAGUUUCUUGAUGCUUCUGGAGCAAAACUUGAUUACCGCCGAUAUGCAGAAACACUCUUUGACAUUCUGGUGGCCGGUGGAAUGCUGGCCCCAGGUGGUACACUGGCAGAUGACAUGAUGCGUACAGAUGUCUGUGUGUUCGCAGCACAAGAAGACCUAGAGACCAUGCAAGCAUUUGCUCAGGUUUUUAACAAGUUAAUCAGGCGCUACAAAUACCUGGAGAAAGGUUUUGAAGAUGAAGUUAAAAAGCUGCUGCUGUUCUUAAAGGGUUUUUCAGAGUCGGAGAGGAACAAGCUGGCUAUGUUGACUGGUGUUCUUCUGGCUAAUGGAACACUUAACGCAUCCAUUCUUAAUAGCCUUUAUAAUGAGAAUUUGGUUAAAGAAGGGGUUUCAGCAGCUUUUGCUGUAAAGCUCUUUAAAUCAUGGAUAAAUGAAAAAGAUAUCAAUGCAGUAGCUGCAAGUCUUCGGAAAGUGAGCAUGGAUAACAGACUGAUGGAACUUUUUCCUGCCAAUAAACAAAGCGUUGAACACUUCACUAAGUAUUUUACUGAGGCAGGCUUGAAAGAACUUUCAGAGUAUGUUCGGAAUCAGCAAACCAUAGGAGCUCGUAAGGAACUCCAGAAAGAACUUCAAGAACAGAUGUCCCGUGGUGAUCCAUUUAAGGAUAUAAUUUUGUAUGUCAAGGAGGAGAUGAAAAAAAACAACAUCCCAGAACCAGUUGUCAUCGGAAUAAUAUGGUCCAGUGUAAUGAGCACUGUGGAAUGGAACAAAAAAGAGGAGCUUGUAGCAGAGCAAGCCAUCAAGCACUUGAAGCAAUACAGCCCUCUACUUGCUGCCUUUACAACUCAAGGUCAGUCUGAGCUGACUCUGUUACUGAAGAUUCAGGAGUAUUGCUAUGACAACAUUCAUUUCAUGAAAGCCUUCCAGAAAAUAGUGGUGCUUUUUUAUAAAGCUGAAGUCCUGAGUGAAGAACCCAUUCUGAAGUGGUAUAAAGAUGCACAUGUUGCCAAGGGGAAAAGUGUCUUCCUUGAGCAAAUGAAAAAGUUUGUAGAGUGGCUCAAAAAUGCUGAAGAAGAAUCUGAGUCUGAAGCUGAAGAAGGUGACUGAAUUUGAAACUACACCCUCAGUAAAGCAAACAGGAAUUGUAGAUAAAA